AUGUCACAGCCCCGUCCAGGUGAUAUGGAUGUCCACGUUGAAGACGCCAAGCAUGCCACUGGACGGACCGUUGACGGUCUCCUGGAGGACGUCGUGAAGCCCUUCGGCUGUUGGCAGUUCGUUGUCCUGAUGCUUGGCAUCUGCACCGACAUCCCCGCCGCCAUCUUCCCCAUCUACGCAAACUCGGUGCCUUCCAAGUUCCGAUGCCAGGUAGAACCGCACAUUCAGCAGCUGCUCCUCGCCAACCAGACGGAUUUUGUCAAUUUGAAUAGCGGGGUUCUAGACCCGAAGGGACCCCCCGAGCUAGUGGGCAAUCAGUACGCCUUCCCGUUCGACGACAUCGCGGCUGCCACCGGACCUUGGGGUAACCAGACGAAGGCACCGGGGUGCUUUCGAUACAAACGAGACUACGACAGGGUCAAGAGGCUGGAAGAAUUUUUUUCCGUCCCAAAAUCAGUGUCUGUUGAGGCCUGUCCUCACGGUUACGUGUACGAGGCAGACAAGUUCCAGUACCCCUCUGGAAUAGUGAUCGAGUGGGACCUGGUUUGUGAUCGGGAAUGGCUUGCGCCGUUAAGCACCUCACUGUACAUGCUAGGCAUGGUUCCUGGAUUUUGGAUUGGUGGAAUCCUUGCCGACUCCAUUGGACGACGUCCCACCGCCUUGGCUUUCUGGACACUUCAGGUUGUUGUCGGGGUGUUGUGCUCCUUCGCCCCGAAUUUCACAUCGUAUGCAGUCUUCCGUUUCCUCCUUGGGCUAACCUCCGUGGCCAGAGCCAAUGUUCUCCUAAUCCUUCCGGGGGAACUGACUGUAGCCAAGUAUCGAUUUAUUGUCUCCUCAAGUAUGUGCAUUGUCCAGAGCUUCAUAAAUCGUGCUCUGGUUACGCUAGUAGCUUAUUUCCUUCCUUACUGGCGUUGGGUCCAUCUGGCAAUUACGUCACCGCUUGCAAUAGGAAUUCUGCAAAUUUGGCUUCUACCGGAGUCGCCACGGUGGCUUUUGGCCAAAGGCAGGCACGAAGAAGCCAUGGACACCCUCUAUAAGGGCUACCUCAUCAAUAGACGUGGAUGGUUCUGUUGGAAGCAGCCGAAACCAAGGAAUUUGACCUUAACAGAAUUUCGGAAUCACUUCUUUCUCGAUUCCGAGGGCGUGGACAAGGAUGACAAGGAGAAACGACGCAAUCCCUGCGUUCGAUUUCUCGAUGGCCUACGGCGUCCCUAUCAAACAGCAUACCUGACUCGGGUCAGUCUGAUUGCGACCUUCCUUUUCACGGCUCAGGCAGCCUGUCUGUUUGGGGUGCUUCUCUACGCACGCAUCAUCCGCAGCUACGUUUACUUGGUGGCUUUCAUAAACAAUCUAACCGGAAUACCUGGUGCCUUUCUAUCUGCCAUCCUCUAUGCCAAAAUUCGUCAUAGAAAAUUGCCUCUGAUGAUUGUGUACCUGUGCGCUUCCUUCUGUCUUGCCGCUGGCGGUAUUUACGCACUCUUGACACCGCAUAGCAACGACAUUGGGCUCACCAUCUCUUCCAACCUAGGACUCAUUCUCUGCACCGCGAUAACUAAUAUGAUCCUCACGUAUAUUCCAGAGCUGUAUCCCUCGUGCAUCCGUUCCCAGGGUCUAGGCAAUGCUGCCGGCCUUGGAAGGUUCGGCGCGACCCUUGGAACCUUCAUCAACGAACUGGAUGUCCAGCUAUCCCAUGGAACGCCCCUCAUAAUCUACGCGGGCUUGCUGUUGUUGGCGUUAGUAGCACUCAUAUUCCUGCCCGACACCACUGGGGAGAAUUUGGUCGACAGAUUUGAGGAGAGGAAAGCGCCAGAGGACGAUCGGCUCGAAAAGACCUAG